GGUGCGCGGAAAAUGGCAGAGCUGCAGGACGCGGCGCGGCUAGUGCCUACGAGGACGACGAUAACGACGACGACGAAGAGUCGAGGUCGAGGAGGAGACGAGGCUCCCUUUGUGGCCUGAUAUCGCUCGUGAGUUAUAGUACUACUACCAGAGAGUGUUUGUGGAUGUGCGCGAGUGCGGGGCACUAGGAGGCCAGGACACCUACGCUAGCUAUAGAGACUCUGCAGCAGCAGCAGCAGCAGUACGUCCCCCCCCCCCCGGCGAUUGGGAUUCACCGAAGCUCUGGAAAAUCAUGGCAUCCGAAAGAAUGGAGUGGGUGGAGAUCAUCGAGCCGAGGACAAAGGAGCACAUGUACGCCAAUCUAACGACCGGCGAGUGCGUCUGGGAUCCGCCACCUGGUGUAGCUGUAAAGAAAACCGAUAACAAUCAGUGGUGGGAAUUGUUCGACCAGAGCACAUCUCGCUUUUAUUACUACAAUGCGACGUCCCAGAAGACCGUAUGGCAUCGACCGACCGACUGCGAUAUCAUUCCACUGGCUAAAUUACAAACUCUGAAGCAAAACACAGAACCGGUCAGCAGCGGCGGAGGAAUGGACAGUAUGAAGUGCAGCGAGCCGAAGAGGAAGGAGACGGUAUCGACUCAGACGCAAACUCCUACGCAAAUCGGCGCGUGCAAGCCGCACAGUCCGGGCGCCUCAUCGGACCUGCUGCAAACGUCUCCGCCGUCUCCGUCCCCGUCAUCUCGCCGACACCACCACCACCAUCACCAUCACAACAACAGGCACCACCACAGGCACAACGACCAGCCCGUUCAGGUCCAGCAGCAGUCCUCGCAGUACCAGCAACAAGCUCCAGCGCCUCCGCAGCAGCCGCCACCCCGACGACAUCACAAUCACUCACAGGACUCGGGCAGAUCGAGCGACAGUUCCGUCUCGCACAGUCGCACCUCCCUCGAGUCCGGCAGCUAUCGACUUCUCGACUCGCCUCACAGGCAUCAUCAUAGGUCUCCCAAUCAGCCGCCCCCGCCGCCCAUUAGUUCCUCCCAGAGACAAGGGGGUGGCGGCGGUGGGACCAUGGAGAUGAGGGGCCAGAAGAGCGGGACUCUCGAGGCCAUGAAGAACCAGAAAAGUCUACCGCCCAGCGAGCCGCCCCCACCGCUGGGACUGUCGCUGUCCACCAGCACGCCCUUGUUCAAGAAGAAAACCUUCGCCGAGCCGCAGAGGGAGUCCAGGCGCGACGUUCACCUGGACUUUGAGAAGAGCAAGAAUGGGAUCAGAAAUUCAGAAUUUCGCGAGAUAUUAGAAGCAGCACUGAGAGGUCGAGUGCAGGCGCAGGAAAGCGGUCGAAGUCCGUACGGCCAUCCUCAGCAAGAAUCCAGCAGCACAUCGCCGUAUCGUGAGUCGGGCGGCGAGCGUAGCUUCCGCCAACAGCAGGAGGCGCCAGUCUACAGGCCUCCAGACCAGCAGCAGCAAAGCUACAGUUACAAGUCUCAGGGCGACAAGUACCGCUCGCUGAUGGAGAGCAGCGGAGGAGGAGGAGGAGGAGGUGGAGUCAGCAGCCGGUACCGGGACCGCGAGGUUUCGCACCGCGAUCGCGUCAACAGCCUCGACAAGUCGAACCCGGCCUUCUAUGGGGGCUCGGUGCACACGCGCAACGCCAACAAGCAGCAGAGCGUUGACGGAACCGGCAGCAUCGGCAGGAGGCAUCACGGCUGCUCCGUUUCGCUCUCCGAGGCGAACGUUAGAGAAAUGUAUGGCGCCAUGAUGGCCGAGCGAAACGAUCCGGCAAAGAAUCUGGUGGUUAGGCCUGGUCAAGGUACUGGGAGUAAUGUGGCCAAACAGAGGAGCUUUGAUGUUAUGGCGGAGAGAGAUUCCAGUAGAGGAGACAGGGAGAAGGAUUUCAGGAGAGCAGUGACGUGCAAUAAUUCCGUAGACAAUACGCAACAGCCAUUAGCCCGCAGUUACAGUUUUGUGCAGCAUCAGAAGCAACAGCAAAAGCUCAGCAAGCAGUCUUCACGGCGCCGAGAUCAUGACGACGAUUCGAUGCAUGAACGCUACCUCAUGGCCCAGGGUCUGGACACUUCGCAGCAGCGACUCAGUAGUAAUAGCAGUAGCAGUAACGCUAGUGAUAGCAGUGGUAGCAACAGCGCCGACGCGGGUGACGAUAUUGACGAGCCCAUCGGCCUGGACGAUGGCAAAAAGAAGCGCAGCAACGGUAAUCCGAGUCCGCCACCAUCGCCGUUUUACGGCAAUCUGUUGGUCGACGCGGAUCACCUUCUGCCGCUUCAGCACUACAUACUCCAACAAGCAAAACUCUCUGGUUGUUAUAAAUUCGGCGAUCCCCUUUUAGCAGAGGAGGGUGAUGAUUCUUUAGACGAGGAGGGAGGUAGGGGAGCCGAGCUUCAUGGAAGAGCGGAUGAUGACUCUGAUGAUCAGUUCGCAGAUGACGAGGCAGCUAGUAAUCAAGGAGAUUCGUCGAGUCAAGAGUAUCUGGAAGAUCAUUAUGCAGAUUUAGGAAACUACGACACAGCUGGCCUAGCUACUUACUACAACACAGCGGAUACGCUAACCAGGCCACAGACAACGCCACCACCGCCUCCGAACAUAGUCUCCCAGGCUGAAGCGCGCGAGAGCAUCAUAGCCACGAGACCAAUAUCCCUGCCUGCUCCGACUGUGAUAACCGGGCGUAGCGGGAGCGGUAUGGGAGGCUUUGGACUGAGUGGUCUAAGCGGCACCUGCGUCGACACGACCGAUUACGACGAGGCUCGCAAGGACGAUGGCAGUGGCGGCGGCGACAUCGAGAAGUACGCCCAGGACAAUCUUAAUCUGAAUUGUGGCAGACCCAAAGGUCUGAGACUGCUCUUUAGGAAGAAGUUUAGCGUUAGAGAUAUAUUGAGCUGGAGUAAGGAUCCUAUACCUCAGCCUAUGCUGGUUGUCGUUGAUGGAGAGAAGCUUCUCAAGCGGGAGGCUUGCAAUCUUUUCCGGCUUGUUCAGGUUUACAUGGGCGAUCGCAAAGCCAACGUAGGGAUGACCCUUGACGGCGUCGCUAUGGAGAUUGUGAACACGGCAUAUUCAAAGCCACCUCUUCGCGAUGAAUUGUACGUGCAGAUUUGCCGACAGACGACCGAAAACCCGCGCAAAGAAAGUUUGCGUCGCGGCUGGGAACUUAUGGCCGUCUGUCUAGCUUUUAUUCCGCCGAGUGCGACAUUUGAACCGUAUCUGGAGGGCUACAUGAAUCGGCACAGAGACCCGAAUUUCCAGUUCCCCGAGGUGGCCAAGUGGCCGAUACACGUUCAAGUUAGUCACUAUGCGACGGUCGCUUGUAGGCGGCUGCAGAGGAUUGGAGCUCACGGCAAGAGGCAGCCUAGGAAGGCUACGCUCGAGGACAUCGAUCAAGCUAGGCUUCAAAUUUUCCGUGCCUCCAUGUUUGGAGCGACCCUGUCUGAAGUUAUGGCUCUACAGCGUGACCGCUUCCCUCAGCGUGAACUUCCCUGGAUCCAGACAACGCUGACGCGCCAGGUUUUGAUACGCGGUGGCACCAUGACCGAAGGCAUUUUCCGAGUAUCCGCUGACGCCGACGAAGUCAACGUGCUCAAGGCUCGUCUGGACAAGUUCGAAGAUGGCGCGAUACUCGCAGCGUCUCAGGAUGCUCAUGCGCCCGCUUCGCUGCUCAAGCUUUGGGUGCGAGAGCUGUACGAACCUUUGAUUCCAGAUUCGUUCUAUCAUGAGUGCGUGAGCAUGAGACACGAAGACAUCGAGGCUUCGGCAGCCAACGUCGCUGCAUUGGUCGAGCGACUGCCUGAGUUGAAUCGCAAAGUGCUCUGCCAUCUCAUCCAUUUCCUACAGAUCUUUGCCCGACCAGACGUUGUGGCUAGAACAAAAAUGGAUGCAAGUAAUUUAGCCAUGGUUAUGGCUCCGAAUAUACUGAGAUGCACCUCACAGGAUCCUCGGGUUAUUCUAGAGAAUGCUCGUAAAGAAAUGGCCUUUGUGCGCACGAUGAUAGAAACCCUGGAGACCGCCUGGGUAGAGGACCUCCACUGACCUACUCGUCAGCUCUAGAUAAACACUCUAGACCACUAUGCCAAAUGAAUCCAAUGUAUAUUCAUUAUUUAUCACGUAUAAUUACCAUCGUAAUUGUGGUUUUAAUUGUCGCUAUUUUGCGAUCUGUGAGUCAAGCCAAUUAUUUUUCACUUUGCUUCAACGAGAGAACGAACAAUUUUAUUGUAAUUACGACGAGAAAAUUUCAAGAAAAUAUGGUACCAGCCACGAUGACGAGCGUUGUACAAAUUUUCUAAUGUCAGGAGCAAUAGCGAUGUGUAACUUGUAAAGAUUUCUGCAAUAGCAAUCUAUAGGAGUGUGUAUUAAUUAAAAUUAUACAAGCGUGAAGACAAUUUUAACUCAAUGUGGGACUUAUAUAGGGUGUUCAGUUGUAAUGACAAGAAUGUUUGAAGCCACACAUGUUCCUUGCUCGCUUAAACUACACGAAAGAGAAAAGUAUUUUUAAUGCAGUAAAUGCUUUACUUUUUAUUUUUCGCAUUUAACGCAUUCUCCGUUUGCACGCAAUAGAAUACGUACAUAUAUAUUUUUGAGAUCCUAUAGAACAUUUGUAGUAGAAUUUCCAACGUUUUAAUGAUUUUUCUCCUUGUAUUUACGAUAAAAUUCUGUUCCAUGCAUUUAAAAUAUUUUUUGGUUCAUGCAUUAGAAGAGAAAGUCAAUCGAGUCAUGCUCGCCGUGUGACAAAUUUAUUCCUUUGAUAAAAACUUGUAAAUUGUGCAUAGGAAAAACGUUUAUCACGUCGAAAGUAAGAAAUGAAAUUGUCAUUCGGCGAGAUUAUAACACCCGAUUCACCUAUAUCACCUUCCUAUUUAUUAUUUCUAUGUAAUGAAAAUUCUAUGUUGCAUACUAGAGAUUAUUAGAUUUUUAUUAUGUACAUCGCUAUAGAACGAAUAUAUAUAAAGUAUAUAUAUAAAAAAAUAUAUAUAUAUUUUAAUGCCCCUUGUUACCGCGCGCGCGUCAGGCGCGGAUAUGGCUUUUUUACUCGAAUUGAUUGUUGAAUCUCAUGUAACAUAAUAUGAUGGUGAAAAAAGCAAACGAUACGUUACCGUGUAUAGCUGCACCCCGCGAUGACUUUUUGUAUUUAAGCGAUAAAGUAACGCGUAUGACGUAUAAAGUAAACACGCUGCGAAGAACUAGCAAGCCAUACUCGAUGUGUUUUCUUUGAUUUUUUAAUUAUUAUUAUUAAUUAAUAUUAUUUGUAAAAAUGCAUAUUUCCUCGUCAACUUUCCAAAGAAAACCUAUCAUUCUUUUACGUAAUUUGUGAAUCUUCUUAGUUUCAUAAUGUCACGCAACUAACCAUAUUUCCUUUUGUAAAAAGAAAAAAUUAGGAUCGAGUGUUUGUAUAUAGAGUGCCGUGGAUGAACAAGAAAACUAUAAGAAAAGCCUCUCUCUCUUUGGCGAUCUUUAAAUUAUUGAUUACAAUAGUGUAUCGCAAAAUGCUACCGUUUCAACGCUAUAAAAGACUUGUUAAAAAAAGUUAUUGUAUAGAACGUACAGAGCUACCGUACAAAAAACUUCAUGAGACGUAUCUUACGUAUGAUUUAGAAAGUACUCACUGAGCAUUGCUUCUGAUGCUACCUUUUGUAUAAAAAAUAAUGAAUCUUUUGCGUUUGAGCUGUACAGAGUUCUAUGAAAAAAAAGGAAAUCACGUGAAACGUGUUGACGGUUGGCGUAUGACAAUUGUGGUGAAAAAAUUCCAAAGACAUUCGAAAUACUCUUUCGAAUACUCAAUUCAUUUAGUUUUUAUUGAUUUUCAAGUGACAAUAAGCGCUUUACGUUUAUUUUGUAAUGUGUAUCUACAAGCUUUUUUCAUACUAUCGAUGAUGAAAUAUACAUCGAAAAAUAAAAAUGUAACGUUAGUUUAUCAUUCAGAUUAAUGAAACCUUAAAUAAACUGUAUCGUUUGAUUAUUUUUAUUCGACAAUAAUUUUUCUUCCAAGUGAACCGCAAUAUAUUAAUUCACUUAAUGUGACUCAAAUAUAUCGUGAGUGCUUUGACCUUGCGAAAUGUGCUUCAAGCUUAUUGAAUGGUGGACUGGUUAAUUUUACAGCUUUCAAUGCGCUGUAUAAAUCAAAGCUUAUUUGGUUGAAAAGUUAUACGUAUCGUAGUGUUCGUUUUUAAAAUACAAAUAAAGACUUAAUAUAUUUUUGUAAUUCACACAUUUAUAUUACUAUGAGCAUAAAAUUAUUUUCUGAAUAUUACUAACAAUGAAAUAUCACAAUCAUACAUAUUGCUCAUCGAUUUUAAUUCAUUUUUAAUUUAAAUUUUAAACCUGUAUAAAGAUUAUAUGCAUAUCAUGUAGGAAAUUCAAAAUAUUAGAACUAUCUAUUAGUCCACUGUUCAAAUGGCUUAUAGAAUUUUGAAUAUUUUUCAUAAAUCUCCGCGCAGCUCGCCUUAACCGCUACUAAAUCUUGGUCUUCUAGUUGUACGACUUAGUCGCAUUAUUUACGAGAUUCACAAGGUAGAGUCUAUCAAAAUAAAUACUAGUAAAAAUUACUCUUUAAGAGCGAAACUUCCGCUCGCGUAAUCUACGUCUGGCUGUUAUGGCUACUUUAGAGAAAAUAGAAACAUUAGCGUUCAUUCUAUAUAGCGCUUCUUUGUUAAUUGAUAAAUCAACGAACAAGAACUUUGAGUGAUCAGAAGAAUAAGCUCGCUACCCUCUUCCGACAAUAGGCGAAAUCAAAUGUUUGAUUAUAAAGAAAAAAAUGUAGAUUUUGUCCAAUCGUAUGGAUAUAUUCAAUUCUGAAUGAAUAUUUUAUGAACUUGAUUUAGUCACUGUACAAAGCAAUAUUUUAAUUAUGUAUGAAUUGCGUUUUUUUAUUGUAUAGAAAUCUCUAACGUUAAUUAAUUUUCACUUUUUAAUACGUUCAUUUAAUUUAAUUGUUCCAGUCAAUUACAUUAUGUAUCACAUUAUUUAAUUAUAAACUUAAAUCUAGCGUAUAAUAGCGGAAAAAUUUAUACAAACACAUACAACACCAUCAAGAUCAAUAAAUUCUAUCUAGUAUAGAAGAUGAAACGUAACUAUUUAAGAUGUUGGAGGAUUGUUUCGAAAUUGUACUGUUCAACUGCAAUAUCUUACUGUUAAGUAGUAACUAGAAGACCUUUGAAUAAAAUGCAAUAAUUAUUUUGUAAAAUAUUUUGUUCACUCUAGUGAUUUAUUCACAUAUGCUAUACCUAAUUUAAAAAAAAGAUGAAACCGCCAAUUAGUUUAAAAUUAUUUGCUGUAGGUAUUCGAUGUAGCUUGUGAAUUAACUAACGUCGCAUUAUGUUUUACAUUAAUCAGUUAAUAAAAAAUUUUCCAAA